AUGCAAUAUCACAUCGCCAUCAGCAUGGGUCCCUCUCGCACUCAUCGAAGCAAAUACAACUUCUCCGAAGAAACUCUGACAGGGCAGCUUCUAUGCCCGCAUUGUAGCAAGAAGUUCAAGACCCAAGGCUUCAAGAAGCACAAAACAAGCUGCAAGAAGCAGAAGGACACCAAGGCGGAACAAGCGGAGUUCGCCAUUCAAUAUGCACGAGAUCAGAAAAGAGCUCGGCAGCAGGCUCACACUGACAUGGGCAUAAUAACGCCCCCUAGCGCUGGCCCAUCUCCUCUAGCUGACCCUGUGCUGCCAGCAGAUAACCUGGACCCUGGUGAUUUCAAAGCCUACAAUGGGAACUACAAUGGGAACCUCGAAGGUGCUGGUAGCCUAGCCAACAGCCAGUGA